AUGCCCCCAUAUAGAAUGGAUAGAAAGUCUGCUAGAAUAAAAGCAGAGUUGCAAGGAUAUGGUUGGAGAGUUUCGAAGAAGUUUAAAUAUAGGAAGGGAAGACCCAUAAAAGUCUAUGACAAAUUGUCUGGUCUUCGCUACGAAAUGGAUUUGGAAACAGCACGUGCCAAUUAUCCAAACAGACUAGAGAGGUUAGAAGAAGAACGUCUUAUGGACAUGCCUUUCGAUGUUAGUGAACCUCAAGUUGAAGGACACGACGGCUUUGCCAGAUUCUACUGGAAACAUGACGAACAAUUGCAUCCUUUGAGAAGGAAAAAAGGUAGUGCAGAGGAUGGUCAUGCUCCCAUGGAAAGAACAAGAUAUGCAUAUGAAAAGUAUCGUGAAGUUAGAAGUCAAAUUACAUCUGGUCGAACCUUUACAGUAAACUUUGACGAAGGAAAGAACAAAGAAGGCUUCAUGGGUGUACUUGCUGCAAUUCAAGACGGAAAUAAGAAAGGACACAAUCUCAGAUUGACCAUAACAGAUUUGGAUGGUCACAUUUACUAUGCACAUGGCAAUGAACAAACAGCCGCAAAACUUCUUGACGCUUUCAAGACUACAAAGAGAGAACAAAUGGUUGACUCCGACUCAGACAUUUUGAAUGCAAUUGAAGGAAUUGCAAGUGUCAAUUUCGAAUGGUACCAACCUAACCCUCAAGCAGUCAGACAACAUGCUGGAUACUUCCCGUUCAUAAAUAAGUCUGACAUUGACUUGACAAGGUAUGGAAUUUACAAUUCAAUUGAAACAAUUGUCAACGAACCUUGCAUUCUUACAUGUCUCAGGAACUCUG